UGGACAGAAAUGCAAAACAAAAGAGAACCUCAAUCAAAGAUACAUGGGUCUACUUUUGCCUGCGGUUUGGUUUGCUUUUCAUUCACUUCUAUCUAUCCAUCCAACCCAAGCCCUUAUAUAUACUUACUAUAUAUACACACACAUUUUUACAAGGUUUUAAAAAAUAAAGGUUUAAACUUUCGAGGCAUAAAUAUUGGGUUUUUACCAAGAACAUCAAGAUUAUAAAAAAUUCACUUUGACCCAGCUAGCUUUGAUCAGAUUGUUAGAUAAAAAUUGGAUCUUUGUACCGAAUUUAGAUUAAUUCGGUACAAAUUUGAUGGCGCAGAUGUAUCAUUGUCUCAUUGAUUGCUGUCUUCUCUUCUUAUCUGGAGUUUGAAUUUCUCCCUGCAGAAAAUACCAUUACAUCCUCAUCUGGUUCUGCUUUCUGUUCCGAAGGUGACAUUGAUGAUGUUACCUACUCCUUCUGAUCCUUCAGUUUAUGUCCUGGUAACAGUACCAUCUUUUGCAGUUAUUGAUAGUGAAAUGAAGUUGCAGUUCCAUACUUCCGUUGAUAGAUAGCGACUCCUCCUAAAUAGAGAUGAAAAUUGGUUAGGUCUAAUCAGGCUCUGGUGAUUUCUAUUCUAGCUGCAAUGGAGUUGAACAAGCGAAUUUGUUAUGUUGGUAGUAAUGUCAGACAUGUGUUAUCUGGCCAGUCUUGGAUCAUAUAGAAAAUCAUCGGAUUUCAGUGGAUUAGAUAGCUACCAUACAAGUUUAGGAUCCUCCAUCAGGAUUUGUCAUGGGUUUACCUCAUGUCUCCUCCACCAACAUUGCUGAAGAAGUAGCACUAUCCUUGAGCACAUAUGUUCAAACUCCAUCACAAUUUGUUGGAGGAAGUAGUCGUGACAUGGGUGAUAUGCGCCUAAGGAAUUUUGGUAAUCGAAUGCCAGGAGAUAUGGUUAGUGCAACAUUGAAAGAGCUAGACAGUCCAAAUGCGCCUAAAGAUAGUGUUACUGGUGCUAACAGGUUGAGGACUGGUUCCAUAGAAAAAAGCUGUGUGUUCAGUGGUAGUAGGAGAAAUAUUCUGAAUCCUGUUUCCAGAAUAGUGGGCUUUGAAUCAAAGUCUUUGAAUUCCCCUGCCUUUGGUGCAGAUGCUGACCAAUGUGAUGAGCUUCAUUCACCAUCUACGGUUACUUUUGGUGAAACUGCAUCCAUGAAUGGGUCAUUAGUUAAGAAGCGGAUGUUGUCACCUAUUAAUGGAAUGCUUAUAACAGAUCAGUUUAACGGGGAACGUCUAAACAUUGGUGGCUCCAUAUAUAACUGUGAUUCUCAGGUGAGCAGUGGAAACUGCAGUAAUACAGUUUCACUUUCACAAGAGCAUAAAAAGGCUCAUAUAAUCAGUACCGACUACUACAGCAGUCUGACAAACUUCGGCUCUCUUACUGAUGGGCCUUUGCUUGAUAGCAAGGAUGUGCUACCUUUGGGUCUUUCAUCAUCUUUCCACAGAGAGGCAACUCCUAUAUCGCCAGAUAAGGUAGCCUCCUCUUCUCUGUCCUUGUCACCUCUUGGUCCCAAAUUCUCAGGGAGAUCGAAAACAUCAGGAGGGUGUAUGGGUAUUAGCAAAGAAUUGGAUUGCAGCUAUCUAACCUUAAAGGAUAUGGAAAAGUCACUUGAUGGAACUGUUCUUGGUAUUUCAACUUCAAAGAAAAAAGAGGACACUCGAAUGGCAAGUAAAUCAUUAACCGAGGUUGAAAUCUUACAGCAGAAGGCUGGUCCAUUUACCCCUGAAAGUAUAAGAGUCCUGGAAGACAAUUGGUGUCAGGAUUCAACACCUACUAGUCAGUUUGCUAGGUUUGGUAGAAGUCUAAGCGGAUUGUCUAUAAGAAGGUCAUUGGUGGGUUCUUUCGAGGAGUCCUUGCUAUCUGGACGCUUAGCAUCUGGAAUUGUCAAUCAGAAAAUUGGUGGAUUCCUUGCUAUACUCAACAUUACUGGAGGAACUUUUUCGCCUCAUCCUCAGAAACUUCCAUUCUCAGUAACAAGUGUGGAUGGGGAUAAUUGCUUGCUGUAUUAUUCCUCCGUUAAUCUUGCAGGAAAUUCACCAGCAAAGAAGGUGAGGGGUCCAAAAAUGAAGAGGAGUUUCAGCAGUGGUGAUUCCCUGGCAGAAAAGAGCCGCCUGCGUGUGCCAAUGAAAGGGCGCAUACAAUUGGUCCUCAGUAAUCCGGAAAAGACUCCCAUACAUACUUUCUUUUGCAACUAUGAUUUAAGUGACAUGCCGGUGGGUACUAAGACAUUUAUGCGCCAAAAGAUCAAUCUAUCAUCUGGACCAGGGAAUGGCGGAUCCAAAGAUAAGAAAGAUGGCAGCAUUUAUGCAAAUUUAAAUAGUCCUUUACUGCCAAGCAAAACAUUGUCCACUGAAUUAAGUAGUGUUGAUCAACAGUCUACUGACGAUGUGUUGAACAGGUUAAACCCUGGCCUUCCUCGGGAUCUUACCAAGCUGUCGUCACCUUCUGGUGAACUAGAUGACAGGGAGCAUAUAGAUAAUGAUGGAGUUGAUGACAUCACUGCAACUGUAUCGAGCAUAACUGAAAGUAAGUGUCUAAAUGGCUCCCCAAGAGUGAAUGAAAGUACAAGUGGAUCUGGUGUUCUCCGCUAUGCUCUUCAUCUCCGCUUUAUGUGCCCCUUUCCUAAGAAAUACUCAAGGACAUUCCAAAAGUGCAAAUUUGACCCUUUAUCUGAACCAGCACCGAACAAUAAAACCUCUGAAGGUGAAAGGCGCUUCUACUUGUACAGUGACAUGAGGGUGGUGUUCCCUCAACGUCAUUCAGAUGCUGAUGAGGGCAAGCUAAACGUGGAAUAUCACGUUCCUUCGGACCCAAAGUACUUUGAUAUCAGCUGCUGAUGGCUGCAGGUGACUGGCUCUCAAAUUCUGGUUCUUCUGUACAUAGUUCUUAGCCGCGAAAACGUUCAUUUAGUCAUCUUAUUACAAGAUUAGGUAAAACUAAGACCUCAGUGCAUUUGUACAUAUUAGUUUCAAUAAAUUAGAACUUCUCAACCACAUUUUAGCAAGAUCUAGAAAACAAACUGUACAUAUUUUCUGUUCCCUUUUAAAAUAAAUAGAAAAUAUUCAAGUA